AUGGCGUUUUUGAACGACAAAAUAGUUUUGGAAGAAGGAAAUGACGGGAGAACUACUUUGGAUGACCUUAACAGGAAAGUCGAUCAACUUACUGUCUUGAUGAGUUCUUUUGCUCCUGUAGUAAAAGAUCUUAAGCAGGCUUAUGACGCUGACCGGCAAAUGAACGAUGGUGAUUAUAUGUCUGAAGUUGAAACUGAUGACAAACACUCGACCAACAGGGCUGCUGCUGGAGUUGCAGAUACAGAUACAGCUUUAGAAAACAAAAGCGAUGCUUUGGUAGAUAAGCUGAUUCACGAAAUGACUGAGAAUGAACCGACCGACCAAACAUUGCCAACUAAAAUUUCUAAUAUCCCCUGUAUUUUGUCCACUGGAAAAAACGAACAAACAUUAGCAAAACGGAAGGAAGGAGUAAAACGCCCCGAAAACUGUGACCUGUUAAGAGUUACAAAGGUAAACCCAGAAAUUUGGGACGUUGCUAGGAAAGCCACACGUAACAUGGUUUCACGUACACAAAAAUUAGAAGCCUUAAUAAAGGGAGUCAUUCCGAUUUCCCGAAUUGCGGGAACGAUUAGUACUUCUCUUGGAACAAACCUUGCAACACCUGCACGAACACCAGAGGUUAUCUGGGAUGGCCUGUCCACAUCCAUUGUGCUUCUUGCUUCAGCUAUUAAUGAUCUGAACAUGGGCCGCAGGGACUUGUUCAAACUUGACGUUGAUAAAAAUUACAAGGAAAUCUGUCGUAACAAUGAACCUGUUCUUGCAGAACUGUUUGGUGAUGACUUAAAGGAACGCCUGAAAACAGUGAAAGAAAGCAAAAAGGCUCCACAGCAACUGACAAGCCAAAAACGGAAACGAAACGAUAAACGGUCGACCAGCUCAUAUAAUUCCAAUGAUUGUAGUAUAGUUGCAGGCCGGAUGCAACAAUUUAUUAGGAAGUAA